UUCGUCGCAGUCCACUAGUCGACGUGCAAAUAGAAAGCUCCUUAAUAUCCGACCAGCGGGCCGUUUCAUAAAGCUGUUCGUAAGUUAAGAGAGACUUUAAGAACGACUGGUUAUCCUUACGCGCUAAACCAUCGCCAAUGAAUAUACCAUUUACCACAAGGAAGGAUCACCAGUCGUUCUUAAAGUCGCUCUGAACUUACGAACAGCUGUAUGAAACACCCGCCAAGAAAGUUGGAGGUUAGAUCAUCUCACUUCCCUGCCUGAGAAUCUAUGUUGCAUACCUCUUCAAAGAUCAUGAAGAGAAUGUAGCUAUACCAUUGUACUUUCGUCAUCAGGUGAUUGGGUAAGGACCUCAAUGGAUUAAGUUAUCUCGGUUUUCAUGGGCUGUAGACGUACUUGCAUACUCCCUACUUGUCCGUUGGCCUUUUUCAUGACAGAUAAAGCCAAUGAAUCAAUGCAAUAAAACAAAAGUCAAGACGGCCGUUGAUUAACAUGAAUUAAAUAUCCUAAUGGAAUACUAAAAAAAUUCCAUAUAUAUCAUGUAUACAAGUUUUUUUGGUAGUUUAAUGAUGGUCAAUGUGGGGCAAACAAAAGUUCUAGGGUGUAAAUAAAUCGUGAAAUUAAAAGUUCGUCUUAUUGAAAAAAACAACCAAAUAUAAAAAAUGUUGGUGCAUUUUUUAUGUCGCAAAACAAACAUAUUAAAUUUGUAAACGUUGUCCAAGCCUAUCUCCAUUAUUACUUUCAAUCGUUAUAUAAUUUAUGUAAUUUAAUGUAGAAGUUAGGGAGAGGGCCCGGGGGAGAAUUAAAACAGUCAAAUAUAUUGCUGUACACACGCGUGACCUCAAAAAAUCCGUUGAAAGGGAUGUUUCUCAGUUUUGGACGCGGUCGGCGCAUGGACUCGUAAAGGGUAUCAAAAACAUUUUUUUUUUAAAGGUUGGUUUUAAAAAACUGGUCAAUGGUCAAUCGCGGGGUCAGACGUAUUUAGGGUAUGUUUUUUCCCUAAAACCUUUUUUAAAGACUAGCGAAAUGUGUUUCCGGUAUGGUAUUUUUCCCCCAAGCUUUUUCCCCGAUGUCAUAUUUUGGCGACAACUUGUUUAGGGGCCAUAAGGUGUAAAUAAAGCCCGCGAAAAACUUGUUUAGGGGGUUAUUAUUGCACACAGAGAAAAACUCGUUGAGGGGGUGUUUGGAAAUUCCUUGGUCACUCGUGUGUACAGCAAUAUAUUUGACUGCCCCCCCCCCAGGGGAAGGGGUUAUCUCAAACUAGGUUGAUGUACCAUUCUAUGAUCUUUCCCAUUAUAGACCUUGGCAAGGAUAUGUCCUGACCCGCCAGCAUCCUUGAUAAGAAUCGCUUUGAAGAAAGAAAACCAGUCAAAGAGUCGGAACGCUAACAACCACCCACUGGAUAGGAACCGAGUCUUUCUCGAGUCUCCAGGCUCCCUAGUUUCAGAUUUCAUUGAUGCGAGCUACGUUAAGGGUAUUCGAUACAGGUUUAUAACAACGCAGAUGCCUAUGCCUAACACAGCAACUGAUUUCUGGGACAUGGUAUUUUACAAUAAACCAUCUGUUAUCAUUAUGCUGAACGAUGAUGACAGACGUAACAAGAAUUGUGUCCAAUACUGGUUGGACAAUGCUGUUGCAACUUUCGGAUCCUUUUCUAUCACUACGGUGUCUGUCUCUGAGAACGAAGGACUGAUUGAGAGGGAGAUGCGAGUCACAAGAAAUAAAUCACAGUCUCGACAUGUCGUGAAGCAGUACCAGUUCUUAGACUGGCCAAAAGAGGCCGAGCAGCAAGAGAAUCGAGCUCCUCAACUAAUCAAUCUGAUGACAAAAGUUCAAGAAACUUUAAGAAGAUCACCAGAAGGGUCCCCAGUGCUUGUUCAUUGCAUGAAUGGAGUUGGCCGAACUGGUGUAUUCUGUAGCACGCUUGAGUGCAUCGCACAAGUAGACGAAGAAGACGCUGUUGAUGUCUUUCACGUGGUGAAGAUGCUCAGAAAUGAAAGGAUGCAAUUUGUACAAACCAAGGAAGAAUAUUCGUUCAUCUACGACCUGAUCAAAGAAUAUCUUCGAGGAAAUGAGUACGAGCAACCGAUAGGUCCCGAGGUCUCGCCUAGCGAUCACACUUACACGUGUGCUGAAUCCCCUACGGCUCCGGGAUCCGUUCAGAGCGAGCAUGUCUACGCACAACUGCAAGAGGGCACUCCCAAUAAAUUAUAUACCCCACUGAAGGUUCCAUGAGCCUAAUUACAACAGGAAGGCUAAAGAUAUUCGUCGACCCAACCCAUUCAUUUUUUUCGAUUUGAUAUUGCUGAUUGACAAAAGUAUAAGAAUUUGAUUGAAAAUCUAACACUGAUUCUAUAAAUUUUAACUACUGAACCUCAUUUGCCCAAAUUGAGAAGAUAUAUCAAUGACUUUGGAACUAUUUUUUGACUGGCGGAAGAAUUAGGACUUGUGUCAGUUGAUAAAUUUAAUCCCAUCAUACAGAUAUCUUCAUAAAUGGCGAUUUAUUUUUAAAAUGAGCUGGCUACAAUACUCCUUUCUGGUCAGAUAUGGAAUGUGAGAUAUACAUCCUCUCCAUUGGUAGUAAAAAUUCGACCUUCUAAUUUCACGUUUAUUUUUGAAGGAUUUUUUAAAAUGCCACACAAUUGACACACAAGUCUAUGGGGAAUGUUUUACGCGCGUGACACCUGAAGUCAGAUAUUCCCGUGGAGACAAUGACUCUUCCAGCUGGAGAAACCAAGUACAAGGGGACGAUUUUUAAAGGGAAAAAUUAAAAGACGCACUUGCAUUCACUGAACAUUUAUACUGGUCUUCUUAAAUUACUUACAUGUAGAAUUAGUCCUCGUAUUAUUUGAUCAGUGAGAUACUCUUCCGUUUAAUGGCACAGUCCUUAAAUUGUCUCUACUAGGUCAGUAUAUCUGGCAAUGGAGCGCGCUUCGCGCGCACACUAAGUGACUCAUUUUUUUCUGGUGCCCCCCCCCCAAUGCCGUGAACCACGGUACGCCACUGCAUGCAUUCACCAUCACAUUGGCUAUUUUGAAGAUUAUUUACAAUGGUCCCAGUUUGAUGAACAGGUUACCUUGCCAACGGAUAGUCAAUUCAAUUCAAAAUGAUAUUAUUUUUCUAAUUUUCAAACAUACAUAAUGUAUAUAAAGAUAAAAUCCCAAAUCGCUAAAAUUCAUUUGUGAGGAACAAACGGAAAGCAGAGCUUGUAAAUAAGGCUGUUUUUUACUCUUUGGUGGAUAUUUUAAAUUUAUUUUAUUUUUUUCAAGUUACCCGUUGACUAUAUCGAUAUUGUAUUUUUUGUCAGCAAUAUUUUUGCAUUCUCUAUUUCUUCAUUUCUUCAUAUUUGUUUAGAAUGACAUUUUAUUUAGUCCACUUUUUUCUCUAUGAUUGAUGCAAAAAAAAACAGCAACCAAAAUAUUUUGUUUGUUAUGUUAAUGGAAAAUGCAUUAUAUACGAAUGUUAUAAAUAUAGAAGAAAAUAAUAAAACAAAUCAUAUCGAACCAAUCACAUAGUUAACAGUAGCUUGCUAAGUUUAUAUUGUUUUCUAACACUUGUCGAACUAGUAAAUGAUUUUUUUGUAGAAUUUCAAUUUAGGUUAUUUUUGGCCUCAAGGGUAAUAUACAUGUAUAUAUUCAUGUCCGUAUUGAUUACAUUUAGUGAUUUAUGAAAAGAAAAUGUUGAAAUCUUAAUUUUUGUAUGUUCGAUUCUGAGUCUCCACAAGCCUAAUUCUCAUCACUCAAAGUAAUCCUCUUUCCCUUCUGUAAAGAACACAGCGCCCCUUAGUGUUUGUACAGUGUGUUCAUAUUGUGGAACAUAGUGUGUAAUCACUUCUCUUUUUUAUUUCCUGUAUAUGAACGCAUAUAUGAAUAAGUCGAUUAUAUUUUCUUCAUUUCCAAGUGGAUCCACACUUUACAAGCCUUGCUUUUUAGUGGACCCCCCUCAUUUCCAUUUAUGCUCAAUAGUAUACUUUUUUGUUGUUUUACGAAGUAAGAAUGCUCGUCAUUUCAUUUUUGUUUCUUUUUUGGAAAACGUGUCUUUCAGUAACACAUAAUAUAUUUUAUUGUAGUAGAUAUACAUGUAGAUAUAAGGGAA